AUGGACGAAAGUAACCAUGAAAUGGUUAAUACCUUAAUUUCACAAUUAGGGACUAUCCUAAAUCCUUUAAUUAAUAACACAAAUAACAACUAUCAGUUGUUAGCCCAUCAGAUGGGGCGAAUCGCAGAUUUCUUUGGCACACCUGCAAUGCCCAACCAAAACCUUCAACCCAUUCGAAAUCAAGCGCAUGUUCAAAAUCAGGGUUUCCCCAAUGAGGAUGAAGUUCCUAAUAAUCGAGCGCCACAAGUGGUGCAAGAGGAACCACCGGUCCAAGUGGUGAACCAAGUUCAAGAUCCUGGGAUAGUCUUGGUUAAUAGAAAUCAGAACGCUGACGAAGUAGUUAGAAAUGUGCAAAGAAACAAUUUUGCACAACAAGAUAAUUUGGCAAAUCUAGUCGAAACGAUAUUAACCCAAAAUGGUUUCAAUGUUGGCUUGCACAGGCCUAACUUCGUUUCCCCUUUGUCUGAGUAUGUGCUACAGACUGAAUUGCCAAGGGGAUGGAAAAUUCCCAAAUUCACAAAGUUUGCUGGGGAUACAACUGAAUCAACGGUGGAGCAUGUGGCAAGAUUUUUUGCUGAAGCAGGAAACUUGGCAGAUAAUGAAAAUUUAAGAUUGAAAUAUUUCCCAAAUUCCCUUACAAAAAAUGCUUUCACUUGGUUCACAACACUUCCCCCUCGUUCGAUUCAUCAUUGGGCUCAAUUGGAAAGGGUUUUCCAUGAACAGUUUUACAUGGGCCAAUCUAAGAUUAGUUUGAAGGAAUUGGCCAGUGUUAGGAGAAAAACGCCAGAGUCCAUAGAUGAUUACUUGAAUAGAUUCAGGUUACUCAAGGCAGACAUGGCACAGUUAGCAGAUAGAGUGAGACAGGUCGAACGCCUUAAGGCUGAAAAGGCUAGAUCAUCAAAGUUUCAAAAGAGGGAAAAAAUUGCCUAUGUCGAAACAAUAGAUGAUGAUGAGGAAUAUGUGAUAAAUUACGAAGACAUAGAGGAUAAUGAAAUCAAUGUGGCCGAACUAAAACCUGGCCCUCCUUAUGUCUGUAAAUUAUUAAAACCUUCGGAUGGAAAAAAUCCUGUCGAACCAAAAAAUGAUAAAUUUGUUGCUAAGACAUAUUCAUUUGACAUAACUAAAUGUGAUGAAAUAUUUGAUUUAUUGGUUACUGAUGGCCAAAUUGUUGUUCCAAAGGGGCUAAAAGUACCUCCCCUUGAGCAACAAAAGAAAAGAGGUUUUUGUAAAUUUCAUAAUUUUCUGGGUCAUAAAACCUCACAAUGUGUUCUUUUCAGGGAUCUGGUUCAGAAAGCUUUGAAAGAUGGAAGGCUGAAGUUUGGAGAGAAGUCCAAACAACAGAUGAAAAUUGAUGAGGAUCCAUUACAGAUAUCAGAUGCUUCCUAUGUGGAACCGGUCGAAUGCUUAAUGAUCGAUGCCAUGGACCUGUCAGGAGGCGCACAGUUAGUUUCUAUUCCAGAAGAUGAAUACUACGAGAAGAUGAAAGUGGUAUACCCUGGGGCUGAAGAGGAACUGAUUGAUUUUUUGCAAAGGUGUAAGCUUAACAAGUCUGAAGUUAUGCUUUGCCCAAGGUGCAGUGCUGUAUUCGAUAAGAAGGCUACUGAGGGCCUUAACAAGUUUAUACCGUUCAGGAGAAACAAAGAGAAUUGGCCAAAGUCAAGGCCAAUGAAAAGACAAAAUAUGGCGCAUGCCAAACCAAUACAUCAAAGGUUGGGCAACUCAAGUACUUUUGUGCCAUCCAACAACUCACCAAUGAACAAAUGGGUUCAUGGUCAUGCAUCAAACUUUGUCAGAAAUUCUGUUGACAAGGGAAGUUCGAGUAAGAGCCGUUCGAGUCAGCCUGGAGAUUCGAAGAAGUAUGCUUACAGGAAUAACUACAUGGGGAAGAAUCCCAUGACAAGAACACAAUGGCGCAGACAUCAACGCCAACAGAAACUCUCACUUCAGGAGGCUCAGAAGAUAGAAAACAACAAAGGAAAACAGGUGGUUGAAGCGACCAGAAGGCCUCUGAAAGAAAGAUUGUCUCAACCAUUGGCUGAUCAAAAUGUUGAUGACAAGAUCGAAGAGGAAAACUUGGAGGAUGAGGAUCUUCUUGAUUCAGAUCCUGAAUUUGAUGUGCUGGUGAAUGUAGUUUCUAUUCUGCCUGCUGAGUAUGACGUAUGGGAACAGAUGGCCAAUUUUGAGAGGCCAACUGAGGGAAUGAAGAAUCAUUUGAAACCCCUCUUUAUUCAGGCCAAAGUAAACAAUGUGGGGGUCAACAAAGUGCUGAUUGAUGGAGGAGCAGCAGUAAAUCUGAUGCCAGAGUUCAUGAUUACCAAGAUUGGUAAGUUUUCUACUGACUUGCACCCUCACAACAUCGUUCUUUCGAAUUACGAAGGUGAGACUGGUUUCUCACUGGGGGCAAUUCAAGUCGAUGUAGCGGUUGGCAGCACUGUCAGGCCAACUUUGUUUUUGGUUGUGGCAUUGAAGGCCAAUUACAAUCUGCUUCUAGGAAGGGAGUGGAUACAUGGUGUAGGAGCAGUGCCUUCGACUCUCCAUCAGAGGGUGAGUAUUUGGAGAGAAGAUGGUGUAGUGGAAAAUAUCGAAGCCGAUCAAAGUUAUUUUAGGGCUGAAACACACCACAUAACCAAGCAUUCAUUUGAUAAGAAAUUGGCGAAUAUCUCGCCAUGUACUGAAUAG